AUGUCUGCGGAAGGGGCCAUGGCCAACCAAUACUCCGUCCUCGAGGAGCUCGGCUCUGGGAGUUUUGGAACCGUCUACAAGGCAAUUGACCGCUCUACCGGCGACGUGGUUGCGAUCAAACAUAUCGACCUGGAAUCCAGCGACGACGAUAUCCUAGAGAUCCAGCAGGAGAUAUCCGUUCUCAGCACCUGCGCCAGUCCUUUCGUUACGCAGUACAAGGCGAGCUUCCUCCGCGGGCACAAGCUAUGGAUUGUCAUGGAGUACCUCGGAGGGGGAUCGUGCUUGGAUUUGCUCAAACCCGGGUCCUUUAACGAAGGGCACAUUGCCAUCGUGUGUCGCGAGCUUCUCCUCGGUCUCGAAUACCUACACCAAGAAGGGAAGAUCCACAGAGACAUCAAGGCCGCGAACGUGCUGCUGUCGACGACUGGAAAGGUCAAGCUGGCAGACUUUGGGGUCGCUGCGCAGCUUACCAACAUCAAGUCGCAACGGAAUACCUUUGUCGGUACCCCCUUCUGGAUGGCCCCGGAGGUGAUCCAGCAGGCUGGCUACGACUUCAAGGCGGACAUAUGGUCUCUGGGAAUCACGGCAAUGGAGCUGGCCAACGGCGAGCCCCCGAAUGCCUCGAUCCAUCCCAUGAAGGUUCUCUUCCAUAUUCCCAAAGCCCCAGCACCAAGAUUGGAAGGGAACAACUACAGUAGGGAGUUCAAGGACUUUGUGGCGCAAUGCUUGGUGAAGGAUUGCGACAGACGUCCUUCUGCGAAGGAGCUGCUGAAGCACAAGUUCAUCAGAGGCGCUGGAAAGGUCGAGGCGCUACAGGAGCUCGUGGAGAGAAAGCAAGAAUGGGACGGAGGUCGUACACGACCUUCUCAUCCAAGAUUUUACGAGGAGACUCUAAACACCAUGACUCCCAAAAAUGAGCCAGACGAAUGGGUCUUUGAUACUGUCAAAGCCGCAACGAUAGCCUCGCGCAAGAAUACCACGAAGCGACGCAAACUAUCCGUCAUUCAUGCAAAUGGUCAGGGCGUACAGAACGGCGCAGAGGAGGCCAUGAAACGACUCGAUCUCAAAGACGCGCCUCUGGAGUACUCCUCUCCCUCUCCAGCCACCAUGCGCAAAAGCACCGUCCGCAGGCAACCAUCGGUUGGGCAAAUCAUAACCCCAACCAAAACCCGACAAGUCAGUAGUCAGAUAAAGCGGCCUCUUCAACCCGACAUGAGCUUUGGUAACACGGGAUCCACUGUGCGACUCUUCCGCCGGGUUUCUGACAAUUCCACAUUGGCGCAAGUCAGCUCAGACGAUGCCGCUCCGGCCGUCACCCGAGACGAAAAUCGACCUCCUUUGACCGAAACAGUGACCAAGGAGGCUGUAUUAGGCCGACGAGUCUUCAACAAAAUUGUCGAUCCAGCUUUUCAAGAACUCCACGCUCAAACUGGAAACCAAGCGAAGCGAGAAGCGCUAUCCCGUCUGGCAGAUGCUUGGAGUGCACUAGACGCAGUAGACUCCGAAGGCGAAUACCAACUGCUCAAAGCUAUGAUUGAGCGCGUCCAAGGAGAUUCCAAGCUCUCGGCCCUUUUGUCGCCUCCCAAAGCUUCUACGAGGGAUGGGACUCCCUUGGCAACACCCCAAAAAUCGCCAACAAAGCUUGUGCUUGCCCAGAAUAACCCGCACCUCAAGUCGCAUCGCCGAAGACAGACAAGCUUGAUGCCUGAAGCUGAAAAGCUUGUCAAUUUGCCUGGACAGGUUAUCCCGGGUAUGGAGCAUACCAAGCAGCUUGCAGACGUCUUGUACGGACGAUGGACCGACGGACUGCGAAGCCGCUGGCCUGCUGUAUAA